CACCAGAAAGCCCACGUUGGCCGCUGCGGGGAGCGCGGCUCCGAGAGGCGGGAGCCUGCGAAUUCCGGCGCCGACGCCGCCGCUCCGCGCACGGGUCCGCUUCCCUCCCAUCCCUUCUGAGAGCGGGGUUUGCAGGGCAGCCGAACGAGCACGGAACGGAAAGCAAGAGCCUCACCGCCUCCGCUUGGGGAGUGGAACGGCGCGCCGAGAUCUUGAGGGGGAGCGACAGUGCCGUGCCCGAGGGCGGAGGGGGCGCGGAGUUCGUGAGACGGAGAAGGAAGUGUAAGCCUCGCGGAGAAGGUGGGCAUCUCGGGACGCCUGGUCCGCCACGGCCGGGGCCCUGCGGCGGGGUAAACUUCACGGCAGCCGUGCAAGCCGGGGAGAGGCGUGCGCGGGGAUGAUGCCGGGCACCCUCCCCAGCUGGUGAGCGGCCCCGCCGUCCGUCCAGCCGCCCCGGAGGGCGCAAGGCAGCGCACGUGCGCGGGCAGCCGGACCCCGGAGGGACUGCGCCGUGACCCGCCCAGGAGCCAGGGCGCCGGCUGCCGCGCGGCCCCGACUCGGACGCACCUGGCCCGGAGCUUGCGCCUCCGGGGACCUGCGCGGGAGCGUGGGGCUCCCCCCCUGCCCCUCCAGCGGCCCUCCCGGCGAUCGCCCCCUUCGCCUCCCCUCCAGCCUGGGCAACUGCGGGCGCCCCAGACGACCAUGAGCCAUACGGACUGAGCGCCAGGAAGGGGAAGCGAGCCCGCCGAGAGGUGGCGGGGCUCCUCACGCCCAAGGGCCACCGCGGCCGCGCUCCGGCCUCGCUCCGCCGCUCCACGCCUCGCGGGGCCCGCGGGGCCAGCUCGGCCCGGCGGGGAUGCUGGGGCGGAGGGCGCCGUGGCUGUGCUGGUGGUGGGGACUGCUCUGCGGCUGCUGCGGGCCCCCGUCCCUGCCCGCCGCCGGGGGCGCGCUGCUGGGGGACGGCGGGCGCCCCGGCCCCGCGGAGCCGCCGCCGCCGCCGUCGCCGCAGACCUCCUCCUCGGGCUUCCUCUACCGGAGGCUCAAGACGCACGAGAAGCGGGAGAUGCAGAAGGAGAUCCUCGCCGUGCUGGGCCUCCCGCACCGGCCCCGGCCCCUGCACGGCCUCCAGCAGCCGCAGCCCCCUGCGCUCCCGCCGCCCCCGCCGCCGCCGCAGCAGCCUCGCGGGGAGCCCCCGCCCGGGCGGCUGAAGUCCGCGCCCCUCUUCAUGCUGGACCUGUACAACGCCCUGUCCGCCGCUGACGACGAGGACGGGGCUUCCGACGAGGAGAGGCGGCGGCCCGGGCCGCGCGGAGGGGCCGGCUCGUCCCAGCCCCGGCAGGCGGCCCUCGGCAGCAGGAGCGUCCUGGCCCCCGGACCCGGCGGCGGCGCGUCUCCACUGACCAGCGCGCAGGACAGCGCCUUCCUCAACGACGCCGACAUGGUCAUGAGCUUCGUGAACCUGGUGGAGGACGACAAGGAGUUCUCCCCUCGCCAGCGACACCACAAAGAGUUCAAGUUCAACCUAUCCCAGAUUCCUGAGGGUGAGGCGGUGACGGCUGCAGAGUUCCGAAUCUACAAGGACUGUGUUGUCGGGAGUUUUAAAAACCAAACUUUUCUUGUCGGCAUUUACCAAGUCUUACAAGAGCAGCAGCACAGAGACUCUGACCUGUUUCUGUUGGACACCCGCGCCGUGUGGGCCUCGGAAGAAGGCUGGCUGGAAUUUGACAUCACAGCCACCAGCAACCUGUGGGUCCUGACCCCGCAGCACAACAUGGGGCUGCAGCUGAGUGUGGUCACGCGGGACGGGCUCGACAUCAACCCCCGAGCCGCCGGCCUGGUGGGCAGGGACGGCCCCUACGACAAGCAGCCCUUCAUGGUGGCCUUCUUCAAGGCCAGCGAGGUCCGCGUGCGCAGCGCCCGCUCGGCCGCCGGCCGCCGGCGACAGCAGGGCCGCAGCCGCUCCGCCCCGGCCCAGGACGUGUCGCGGGCCUCCAGCGCCUCAGAUUACAACAGCAGCGAACUGAAAACAGCCUGCAGGAAGCACGAGCUCUACGUGAGCUUCCAAGACCUGGGGUGGCAGGACUGGAUCAUUGCACCCAAGGGUUACGCUGCCAACUACUGUGAUGGAGAAUGCUCCUUCCCUCUCAACGCGCACAUGAACGCCACCAACCAUGCCAUCGUGCAGACCCUGGUCCACCUUAUGAAUCCCGAGUACGUCCCCAAACCGUGCUGUGCGCCAACGAAACUGAAUGCCAUCUCAGUGCUUUACUUUGAUGACAACUCCAACGUCAUCCUGAAAAAAUACAGGAACAUGGUCGUCAGAGCUUGUGGGUGCCACUGACUCAGGACGAGCUGCUGGGGACACAUGCACUGCCUUGGACUCCUGCAUCACAUCUGCCUUAAAAGGCACCCGGAAGCACCGAGAAAGCGGGAUAAGACGCCAACACCAUCUCUUGCUGGCUGCUGCCUUUCCACCCUAACAGACAUCUUAAAGGACCUCGUCCGUAACCUGCUCACGUAGUAAAUGUCGUGAGUAGUUGUCGGUCUCUAGGAAGCUGAGUUUGAGUGUCUGUAGUAUGAAGUCUGGUGACUGAAGAAACCUAACUUUGAACGUUCCCCUCUGCCCCCCAAACCCACCCAAAUUAUUUUGCUUUAGAUCAAGCUCUUCGUGGUUUUAUUAAGUAAAUAGGGAAGAUAAUCUUAAAGUAAAAUUCUUCUUGGCUCAGAUAUCAGCGGGCUCAGUAGUUGCUCACAGGUAGAUUUUGCAGAUAACGGGAAUGGGGGAAGAACGUCUCUGUUCAGCUCUCCUCCCAGGGAGGUCGGUUUCUCAGGUGGGAUCAACAGCCCGGGAGGGAGCUGGGCGGCCCGCAAGUGCCUUUUGUCUCAGUCGUGCUGUUACAUGUUUGUGCGGGCGUUUUGUCCGUGUGAAAAUAGCCUUAUUUCAGUUCAACCACAUCACUUCCACUGCCCCCCACCCCGCCCCGCCC